CUUUCUUUUUUUUUUACGUUAUUUGUGGUAAAUAAGAGUUCCCUCGCCUGCACACUUCCAGCACAGCAUCAUGGAUGUCCCUAGCACCAUUCCCCAGUCUGCAGUCGGCGUGAAGGGACAAAUACAGAAACUGAGAGAAUUUUUAUUUGUCUUCGCUGAAAUGCUGCCAAGUGCGCUGUGCUGAUGCUGUGAGUGUAUGUACCUCGGCCCAAGGAAGAUAGAUUAAUGCAGCAAUUAUUGGUUGUAAAUAACAGCUGAAUACUUGAUUGCCUUAGAAGUAGUGGUGGUGGUGGUGGUGGUAAUCGUGAAGGCGGGGGAAGAAAAGGUCAAAGAGCAGUGUAUGAGCAGUAAUCGUCACAAGGCCAUGCAAGUUGGAAAGGGAGGAAUGUUUUGUGCGGAUAAGGUCAAGAUGAAGAGGUGGCUCAGAUUUUGGUGAUGCACGGGUGGUGGUGGUGGCGGCGGUGAGUGGGUGUGACGUGUGUUGCAAUGCGUCGCGGCACGUCAAUAGCAGCACGGCCCCGGGUGACGUGCAGCACGGCGAGACAAGACGAGAACACGGCAGCAGUCCUGUAGGGAAGACAGGCGGGAGGCGGUGACGAGGCAGAGGCGUGGCGGCGGCGACCCAGCUGGCAGGGUGAGGGGUGAGGGUGCGGGGCUGUGGUCACGCCCGCCGCCUCACCGGUCUCGUGUUACCGUCACGUGUGGCCAAUUGAUCCCUGCACGCCAGGCCGGCUGCUGGAGAGCUGGAGCCACCACACCUGGGCGGCAUGGAGGACUACGACGAGGACCUCAGUGAGAACAGCUUCUUCGCGGCACUCACCCGCGACCACCGGGCGCUGCUGGAGCAGGCCGCGGCGGACGGCUGGCUGCUGUGCGUGCCCCGGGCCCAGGCAGCGCCCGCGCCCCCCCUGGAGGACGCCGUAGUGCAAGCCCACGUCCUGGUGCCCUGCGAGGACGACCCGGACACCAGGUUCAGGACGUUGGGCGGUAGGGGAGCCUCCCUGGAGGGCAGCGUGCUGGUAGUGGAGGGGCAGCAGGGCGCGCCCCGUCCCGUCAGGGUACUGUUUGACGAGACCUUCUACGAGGAGGAGCUGGGACGCUACAAGGUGGUGUGUGUGGAGGAGGCGCUGCACGAGGCCGGGCGCGGGACGGGGCCGGCGCCCCUCGCCUUCCUCACUUCGCUGCGGGACUGUGUGGAGCUGCUGUGGGCCGAGGCGGGAGGCUCCCGGGGCCUGGCCAGGCUGGACGCCCUCCUCGCAGGUUUCCAGGCCACCCACCCACUGCUGGAGGGUGAGGAGGUGACGGCGGUGCGGGAGGCGGUGGGGGAGCUGUACUGUGAAGCCCUGCAGGUGGCGGUGGAGGAGGGUCAGGGGAGAGGGGGGGCGGGACUGGGGAUGCUGGGGUUGGCGGUGGAGAGUUACCUGCUGCACAGCCUGCACGCCAGGCUGGUGCGCUGCCUUGCCACACACCGUGCACCAGACGACGCCCGCUUCAACCACGCCCUCAAGGCCCUGUGUGACCUGCAGCCUGGCGACCUGGGCCUGCCCCCCGUGCUGGCCGGCAGCCUCACCCGGGCCACGCUGGAGCUGUCUGGUCUGGCAGACCACACCACUCCCCUGGGCAAAAUUGGCUGCCUCAAGAGGGCCGUGGCCCAGCUUGGCCGGGAGGCUGGACCCCUGACCUCAGACCAGCUGCUGCCGGCACUGGUGGUGGUGGUGGUGCGGACCGGCCUGCCCUCCUGGCCCGCCCAGCUGGCCUUCCUGCGGCUGUUCCGCUUCUCUGCUGCGCCGGUGGGCGGCGGCGAGCACGACUUCUACCUGUCUUCCCUGGAGGCAGCCCUGCAGCACGUUGCAUCGGGGGCCCUGUUGGGGCCGGCCUGCCCCGAAGCAGACAGUGUGCUGCGCUGUGCCUCCACCACCGAGGCAGCCAUGGCCUGCAGCCCCAGCGUGGAGCAGGACCCCUGCAUGCGCUACUUUGAGUGUGUGCGGCAGGGCCUGGUGGAGGAGGUGCAGGCCUUGCUGGACGGCCACGGUCACCCACACAAGGGUGGGGAGGGAGUUGCCGUGGAGGAGGGCGACGCCGAGCUGUGUCACCCACUGUGCCGCUGUGAGCGCUGCGAGGGCAUGCUGCACCAGCCCCAGGAACACUCCUGGCCCUGCCUGGCGCUGGAGGACUCCCUGGGCCGCACUGCCCUGCACCUGGCUUGCAUGUUUGGCCGGCCAGCCGUGGUGGACCUGCUGGUGGGCCGUGGGGCAGCCCUGGGUGCCAGGGACCAGCGUGGGGCGUCACCCUUGCACUACGCCGCCCAGCGGGGCCACCAGAAUGCCCUGCUGCUGCUGUUGCACGCUGGGGCGGACAUCAACGCCACAGAUGGGGAACAGAACACAGCCCUGCACCUGGCAGCCCUUCACGGCCACUUGGCCUGCGUCAAGGCGCUGCUCUUCUACGCUGAGUCAGUGGGACACCACGUGGAGAUCAACGGCCAGAACACAGCCCUUGACACCCCGCUGCACCUGGCUGCCCGCUGGGGCCACCUGGCCAUUGUGGAGCUGCUGCUGGACCGCCUGGUGGCCUUGGGCCUGCCUCUGGCCCUGACCAACCGUCGCCGCCUCACAGCCAUCGAGUGCGCCCACAACCAGCUCAUCGUGCGGGCCAUCCUGGAUGCCCGCAGCAGGGCCCCAACCCCGGAUGCCCCAGGCCGUGCCAGGUCCAGGCUGGCGGCCGUCGCAGUGCCCCACAGCCCGACCACACACUUGGAUGGGCCUGGCAGCCCCCAGGGGAGGGGUCGCCUAGAGGCCAGCCGGGCAAAUGCUGACAAGAUGCUGAAGGCGGUGCGUGUGGGGGACGAGAGGCUGGCCUGCUUCUACUUGGGCAUUGACUACGACACUGUGGCCCCCCAGACUGCCCCUUCCUCCCAGGCAGCCCCCACCCUCUGCCACCCCCUGUGCCAGUGUGCCCAGUGUGUGGCCAAGGCGCCCCCCAGCCUGGGCACGCAGGGGGCGGCCUACACGGCCCCCAUCAACGCCUGCGACAGGCAGGGCCGCACUGCGCUGCACGAGGCCGUGGCGGGUGGCCACCCCAGGCUGGCCAGGCUGCUGCUGCAGCAUGGCGCGGACCCCAACGUGCAGACCCUGGACCAAGGCCUCACCCCACUGCACCUGGCCGUGCGCAGCGGCCACACAGAACUGCUGGCAGACCUGGCCCGGCACGGCGCGGCGCUGGACCUGGCCGACACCCUGGGCAACACUGCCCUUCACAUGUGCUGUGCCAGCGGCCAGGGCGAGGCGGCUGGCCAGCUGCUGCGCCUGGGAGCCUCGCAGGGCCUGUCCAACCUGGCCAGCCGCUCCCCCAUCCAGGAGGCGGAGGAGUAUGGACACUGGCGCGUGGUGGAGGUGCUGCUGGGCCGGCCCACACCCCAGUAGUGGCUGCCCCCUGCCGCGCCCCACUGUACCCCUCACACCCACCCUGCACUGUGAUCUUUGGGCCCAUGUUCUCCGGCAAGACGACGGAGCUGAUGCGGCGGCUGCGGCGCUACCAGCUGGCCAAGCACCGCUGUCUGGUGGUGAAGUAUGCAAAUGACCUCAG